AAAUGUAAACAAGGUUUUUGAUCAAAGAUUUCCAGACUCAAAAUGAAAACCGUCGCAUUAAUAAGUGGCGGCAAGGACAGCUGCUACAAUAUGAUCCAGUGUGUAGCAGAAGGACAUGAGAUUGUAGCACUAGCCAACCUGAGGCCAGCAGUCCAGGAUGAGAUGGAUAGCUAUAUGUACCAGACUGUAGGACACCAUGCUAUACAUCUGUAUGCUGAGGCUAUGGGUUUGCCCCUGUUUAGACAAACUAUCCAGGGUGUGGCUAAGGAGACAGGGGGUGACUAUGUCCCCAACCCCCAGGAUGAGGUUGAGGACCUGUUGAUUCUUUUACAGAAAGUUAAGAAAGAGAUUGAUAUAGAGGCUGUGUCAGUGGGUGCUAUAUUGUCAAACUACCAGAGGGUACGAGUGGAAAAUGUAUGUCAAAGACUAGGCCUUACAUGUCUGGCAUAUCUAUGGCGACGGGACCAGACAGAACUCCUCAAAGAGAUGAUUGACUCUGGUGUAAUUGCUGUUCUUAUUAAAGUUGCAUCUCUAGGUCUGGAUCCUAAAAAACACUUAGGUAGAACUUUAGCAGAGAUGCAGCCUGAACUUCUCAGAAUGCACACCAAGUUUAAGCUGAAUGUGUGUGGAGAGGGAGGGGAGUAUGAAACCUUUACACUAGACUGCCCAUUGUUUAAAAAGAAAAUUGUCUUGGAUGAUAAAGAAUUGGUGAUCCACUCUGAUGAUGCAUUUUCACCUGUGGGAUACCUUAAUUUGAAGACUGCACACCUGGAGGACAAAGAGACAGAUAUUGAAAUGAGCCAGUAUCAGAGGGUUGCAGGUUUGCAAUUUAAGACAAGUGGGGAUGUAUACCAGGACAUGCUACAGGAACUGGAGGGCAAGGACGACAUGUUACUGGAUAUACCAGAGGACAAUAGGCUUAACACUCACAUCUGUAGCAAUGAUAUUCUACCAGAUGAGUGGCAGCUUUCUAUUAAGACAACGGGUAACAACUUGUGGGUGGCAGGUGUGACUGCCAAAUGUGACACAGAUAUACAACAAGCUACUAGGACAGCGAUGGACAAGGUCAAAGCUGCUGUGUCUAGUCUUGGUGAAGGUUGGGAUAUGUCUAAAUUGGCUUUGGUUUGUCUGUAUGUGCAGAGAAUGGAGGACUUUGCCAAAGUCAACUCUGUUUACAGAUCAUACUUUGAGCUAAACCCACCAGUCAGAGUUUGUGUUCAAGCUUCACUUCCCAAGAAUGUUGCCUUACUACUUGACUGUUAUGGGUGUAAGUCAUCGGAUCGCAAUACCAUGCAUGUCCAGGGCAUCUCACACUGGGCACCUGCUAACAUAGGACCCUACAGUCAGGCUGUCACUGUCGACAACCGAAUCUUUGUUGCAGGCCAGAUUGCUAUGGUACCAGGGUCAUUGAAAAUUGUGCAGGGAGGUAUUGUUUUUGAGAGUCGCUUGUCCUUGCACCAUGUUGGACGUGUCUUGAGUGCCCAGAGUUUAGGAUGUGACCUGAGGGAUGUGGUUGCUGUGGUCUGUUAUAUCACUGCACAGAGUUACAUGGAUGCAGCCAAGCAGGAAUGGACCAGAGCUCUAGAGACUUGUCACAAGUGUGAUGACAUUGUUGACCAUGGAGAUGAUGUGUCCAGUCCGGCUGUCAUGUUUGUAGUCAUUCCCUACUUACCACGCAAUGCCAAGGUUGAGUGGCAAGUCACUGCUUUCACUCCUGGGACAGAGCUCAAAGAAAAGACAGAGAACUGUAAAUAUGGGGACUACAUCAGUACUGCUAGGUGUGUAACUUCCUGUGGGGAUAUCCCAGGAUUCUCUUGUACAGGAUACACAGACAUGAAAGACCAAUCUCUGCCAGAUAAUAUGGAAAAUGCUGUAAGCUGCAUGUGUAAGUGCUACCAAGCAGUGACAUCAUCACUGCAUCCAUCAGAAGGCUGUGUGCCAACACUGAGGAUAUUCUACAGGGCAUCACAGUACCAUUAUUCUGAACUCUGUCAGGCCUUCAGUGCUGUUCUUCAUGAAGGAGUGCAUGUAAACUUUGCCUUGGUACCAGUGUCUGAUCUACUGUCUAGUUCAACGGUGUUUAGUUAUUAUCAAUGAUAACAAUAUUGUCAUUUUGCCCAAAUAAAUGAAAAGUAUGUUUAUUGGACACAAAAUUUUAACAAAGACAAUAAAUCUGUAAGUGAGGGGCUACAGGCCCUGAAUUUGGUAUACAGUUGUAUACUUGAAGUUUCAUGAGCCUAGUUUUAAUGCAAGUGAAGUUAUGCUCCAGACACAAAUUUUUAACAACA